AUGACAUCUAGUUUAUCUCAAUCGAUUGGUAUUAUUGAUUUAAUUUUAUCUGAACAUAAACAUAUGCGUGAUGAAUACGAAUAUUUUAAAUCAGUGGAAGAUAUAACUAAAUUUGAUUCUCGUAUUCGUCAAUGGAUUGCAUACAUAUCAUUACAUGGACAUAAAGAAGAAAUUGCAUUUUAUCCAAAAGUUGAAAGUUAUUUAAACGAUCAAAAAAAAAGUGGACAUCAUUUAAUAGAACAUGGUAUAAAAGAACAUCGUGAACUUGAAACUGAAUUAAAAACAUUAACUGAACAAUCUCCUAUGAAAUGGAAACAAAUAUGUAAAGCAAUUGAUAAAUUAAUACAUCAUUUAAAUGAAGAAGAAACUGAUAUUCUUAAUCCACUUCGUUCAAAACUUGAUGGAAAACUUCAAAUUGAACUUGCUCAACAAUUUAUUGAUGCAGGUCAAUUAGCAUCUGAUAAACCUCAUCCGGAAUUAUCAAAAAAACCGGAAGAAACUCCACAAGAAAAUAUUAAAGUUGCACUUGCAGAAAAACGUCAAGAUCUUUGA